GUCACAGGCACAUGGUAGUACAUAGAGAUCUGAAGCCUGAAAACGUGCUUCUUGAUGCACACAUGAAUGCUAAGAUAGCUGACUUUGGUUAUAUGCAGGCCCAGAAGUAGAUAUUUGGAGCAGUGGGGUUAUUCUCUAUGCUUUGUUAUGCGGAACGCUUCCAUUUGAUGAUGAUCAUGUGCCAACCCUUUUUAAGAAGAUAUGUGAUGGUAUCUUUUAUACCCCUCAGUACCUGAAUCCAUCUGUAAUUAGUCUUUUGAAGCACAUGCUGCAAGUGGAUCCAAUGAAGAGAGCAACGAUCAGAGACAUUAGGGAACAUGAAUGGUUUAAGCAGGAUCUUCCAAAAUACUUGUUUCCUGAAGAUCCAUCAUAUAGCUCUACCAUGAUUGAUGAUGAAGCCCUAAAAGAAGUGUGUGAGAAAUUUGAAUGCACUGAAGAGGAAGUGCUAAGUUGUCUGUACAGCCGAAAUCAUCAGGACCCUCUAGCUGUUGCUUAUCACCUUAUUAUAGAUAACAGAAGAAUAAUGAAUGAGGCCAAAGACUUCUACUUGGCGACAAGUCCUCCAGAUUCUUUUCUGGAUGAUCACCACCUGUCUCGCCCUCACCCUGAACGAGUGCCAUUUUUAGUAGCAGAGGCACCACGUCCUCGCCAUACCCUUGAUGAGCUGAAUCCACAGAAGUCGAAACACCAGGGUGUAAGACGGGCUAAAUGGCACUUGGGAAUACGGAGUCAGAGUCGACCAAAUGAUAUCAUGGCUGAAGUUUGUCGAGCAAUUAAACAACUGGAUUAUGAAUGGAAGGUUGUAAAUCCAUAUUAUCUGCGUGUUCGGAGGAAGAAUCCAGUAACAAGUGCAUAUUCCAAAAUGAGUCUCCAAUUGUAUCAGGUGGACAGCAGAACAUACUUACUGGACUUCCGUAGUAUUGAUGAUGAAAUUACUGAAGCAAAGUCUGGGACUGCAACUCCACAGAGAUCAGGUUCUGUGAGCAACUAUAGAUCUUGUCAAAAAGAUUCAGAUGCUGAUGCUCAAGGAAAAUCUGCAGAUACAUCCCUUACCUCAUCAGUGAACUCUUCGCUUGACUCUUCCACAGCUGAUGUAACUACAAGACCAGGGAGUCACACAAUAGAGUUUUUUGAGAUGUGUGCAAAUCUUAUUAAAAUACUUGCACAGUAAUUUUGAAGAUGGGCUUAUUUCUUUUACAGCAAUAAGCAUGCCUAAAUCUUAGUCAGAUGCUUCCAAUUAUAAUCAAGUGAAAUUAACUAAGGCGCUGAAAAAGCUAGCCACAGAAUGCAAAUUGCACGGGGAUUAAAAUUAUUAUGGACAGUUAACAUACAUUAUUUUGAAGCUGGAGUGAAUUCUGAUUGCCUGCUCUCCAAUAGCAUAACACAGGUACAAGAAAUAACAUGCCCUUUGGGUAGUAUUUGUAACAUUUUACAUGAAUGCAAAGUAGGCUGCCUAUAACAUUUAAGCUAGAUGGACCUCCUUGUUUUUUUUCUCUGGUUAUACAAAUAUCCGAUGCACUGUAAGUUAACAUACACAUACUAGUUCAGUGAUCUCAGUAUGACUUUUGUUUGUCACCCUCUACAGUUGUGACUCAGAACUAUCAGCGUCUCCUGAAAGUAAUGUAUUAAAACUGCUAUGUUUCUUCCCCUUGACAGAAAAUAAUAAAGAAUGCUUUGAUGCGUUACAAUGUACUACUUUUAUCAAAAAGUGUUAUUAAAUGCCUCCAAAUCCA